CUCUUCUCAUACUUGCUCAGACCUCUUGCUCAGACCUCUUGCCCCAACACUACUCCUACUAUUCCUACCACACCAAUUGAAAACAACAUGGCUCCUCUCCAAGUCGGUGACAAGCUCCCCGAGGGCGUCAAGUUCGAAUGGGCGCCCAUUACUGACAGUGACCCCACCACCUGCGGCCGCCCGCAAGAAUACGACGCCAGCAAGGAGUGGGCAGACAAGAAAGUCGUCGUCUUCUCUGUCCCCGGCGCCUUCACACCCGGCUGUCAAGCAUACCACCUGCCUCCCUACAUUGCCAAGGCCAAGGAGUUCAAGGACAAGGGCGUUGACGUGAUCGCCACCAUUGCUUCCAACGACGCCUGGGUCAUGAAUGCAUGGGGCAAGGUCAACGGCGUCAACGGCGACGAGGUCCUGUUCCUGAGCGACACCAAGACCUUCUUCAGCAAGAACUACGGCUGGGCCGCUGGUAUGGGCGACCGUAACGGUCGCUGGGCCAUGGUCUUUGACCACGGCAAGGUCGUCUACGCCGAGAACGAGAAGAGCCCUGGUGAGGUUACUGUCUCGAGCGCCGAUGCCGUCCUGGCUAAGUUGUAAGUGCCGACAGCCAUUGUGGCUCCAUGGUGGGGAAUUGCCAUGAGCGGUAAUGCAUCUAGUCAACUCUGUAGAAUGAAAUAAAUAAACAACAAAUCACAUGUCAAGUCGGAUGUGCAUGUGUUGCCC